UUUUGGAUUUGGAGAGAGAGAAGAAAAAGAGUGGAAAGUGAAGAAAAAAAUAAUUAGACAAAACAAUAAAAAAUGAAUUUUUGUGUAAGGUGAGUGAGGUUUCCAAUGCCCACAUGCCCCUUCUUCACCAAAUAAUUAUUAAACCAAGAUACACUUCCUUUUUGCACUGCACUUCCCCAUUCCAUGGAUCCCAUCUGGCUCAUAUUUAUGUGGGGGAAUCAAAGCUCUCUGCUUUUUCCAUGAAAAAGAGUUCAACUUGUUACGCUGAAGUGAACAAUGGCAGAGGUGCUGCAGCAGGGUCGCUCUCUGGCUGAGACACCAACAUAUUCAGUUGCUUCUGUUGUUGCUGUCAUGGUUUUUGUCUGCUUAUUGGUUGAACGUUCUAUCUACCGCUUUGGAGAGUGGUUGAGGAAAACAAGAAGGAAGGCACUUUUUGCAUCACUGGAGAAACUUAAGGAAGAGCUGAUGUUGCUGGGGCUUAUCUCUUUGCUGUUGGCACAAAGUGCAAGGUGGAUCUCUGAAAUUUGUGUGAAUUCGUCACUUUUUAGCAGUCGAUUUUAUAUUUGUUCUGAACAAGACCUGGACAUCAAUGAGAAUAUCAUGCUGGAAAGCUCAUCAUCUAUACCUGGUGAAACUAGUAUUCCAAAGGGAUUAAAUAAUGGAGCAUUCAACCAAUGUGGAGAGGGUCAUGAACCGUUUGUUUCAUACGAGGGUCUUGAGCAGCUGCACCGGUUUUUGUUUGUUCUCGGAAUCACUCAUGUUUUGUAUAGCUGUCUGGCAGUUGGUUUGGCGAUGAGCAAGAUCUAUAGUUGGCGCAGAUGGGAAAAUCAGGCUAGGAUGCCAAGCGAUGGAAACCAGCAAGCAAAGAAAAUCAAGCUGAUGAAGCGACAGACAACAUUUAUUUUCCAUCGCACUUCUCAUCCAUGGAGCAGGAGUCCAAUCCUAAAUUGGAUGCUCUGUUUUCUACGUCAGUUUAGGAGCUCUAUACGAAAAUCAGAUUACCUCGCACUACGUUUAGGAUUCAUCACUGAGCACAAAUUGCCGUUAUCUUAUAAUUUCCAUCAAUAUAUGGUUCGAAGCAUGGAAGAUGAAUUUCAAGGAAUUCUAGGAAUAAGCUGGAUGCUUUGGAUUUAUGCCAUAGUGUGCAUCUUCGUGAACAUCCACGGUCUGAAUAUAUACUUCUGGCUAUCAUUUAUCCCAGCAAUUCUUGUCAUGUUGAUAGGGGCAAAGCUUCAACAUGUUGUAUCAACCUUGGCACUUGAAAUUAUGGAGCAGAGAGGUCCGUUUCCCAGGACACAAGUAAAGCCACGCGAUGACCUAUUUUGGUUCAAAAAACCAGAUAUACUGUUAUGGCUGAUACAAUUUGUCAUAUUUCAGAAUGCAUUCGAAAUGGCAACCUUUAUUUGGACACUGUGGGGAUUCCAAGAAAAAUCGUGCUUCAUGAGAAAUCAUUACAUGAUCAUCAUUCGGUUGGCAUCUGGUGCUAUUGUUCAGUUCUGGUGUAGCUAUAUGACAGUGCCUCUGAAUAUAAUAGUUUGUCAGAUGGGAUCUCGAUGUAAGAAGGCCUUAGUGGCGGAGAGAGUUAGAGAGUCCCUGCAUAGUUGGUGUAAAAGAGUGAAACACAAGUCUAAGCAUGAUUCGUUGCAUUCACACACGGCAAGAUCAGUAUGCUCCCUCGAAUCAACAAUCGAUGAGAGGGACGAAAUAACAGUGGCAUCUGGUACUCUGACUCGAAGCUCUUCUUUAGCCUCUUUGAAUCAGAUAACAGUGAGUUCAGUAGACCAGCUGAACUUCGAGACUCCCAACAAAGCAAAAGAUUCAAUCAAGGUGGCUGGAUGUUUGUCUGAAUCUGUACAUACGAAUCCCCCACAACCGUCCCACAACGUUGAAGAUCGUGUCGGUAAUGGAGAGGAAGCAAAAGCUAUCACUCUCCUUGAUUUGUUUCAGAAAACAUCAUUAAAUUAGUGUUUUAUAUUACUUCAGAACUAGCAUAGAUAGUUGUACAAAUCAAUCUUGAAUGAGCAUAGACAUUACUUUGUAUUAUUCUUCAGAUACCAUAAUAGAUUAUAUAUAUAUAUAUAUAUAUAUAUAUAUAUAUAUAUAUAUAUAUAUAUAUCAAGUCUCUUCUAAGCGAUAAGAAGAUAACCACACAAUUCGGAUCUCUAAUCCUCCGCACUAACAUCAUCAUCUACCGUAACAAUCGAGUUGUCAUUCAAUCAGGUGGGCAACAACGGUGAGACAGCAAUGAACUUGAGCUGCUACUACGUACAGGUGAAGCAAUUAACGAAUUAAUGCAAAACAAGUUGUUCAUAAACAAGCAUAAUAUACGUAUAUAUCCUGAGAAAAUGGCACAGAAUAAAGGGAAAAAGACGAUGGGGCUGGGAAAGGAAGAAACUUUAUGAAGUAGAGGCAACGAUGAUGAUAAGAUUUAAGCAACGAGGUCUUCCUCCUUGUGGGUUUCGAUAACAAGAUCGGAGGUUGGGUAAGCAACGCAGGUGAGAACAAAGCCUUCACCAAUUUGGUCGUCAUCAAGGAAGUUACCGUCUGACUGGUCGACUUUGCCGGCCACAACUUUGCCGGCACAGGAAGAACAAGAACCAGCCCGGCAUGAGUAGGGAAGGUCAAGGCCUAGGUUCUCUGCAGCAUCGAGAAUGUAUUCAUCAUCUGGGCAUUCGAACUCUUUCUCUCCCUCUGGGGUGAUCAGCUUCACCUUGUAAGCGGCCAUGGCGGUCACACGACCUCCACGUCCUCCUUCCACACCGAACACGGCGUUAGCGUUUUGGAAAGCCUUCAUGCUUGCCAUGUUCAGUGGUUGCUUCCUGAGGAAGGAAGUGUUCAAGACAGGGCCACAGAAAGCGGGUGUCAUCGACGCCAUUCUUCAAUGCUGCUAGCGUCGUCGUCGUCUUCUUCUUCUUCUUCUUGCUGAAGGAUAAGAAUUCUGACCUUCACCUUGCAGAAAUAGUGUGCUUAUACUGUACAUGAGGUGAGGCCACACACAACCCUAUCUGCCACGUGGCAUCAUUUUAUGUCUCACUAUAUCUUCCUAUUUUCCUUUUUUUGGUAAGUAUAUAAAACUUUAUAUAUGGAAUCUGAGUAUGGUUUAUGGUCGUCCACUGCUUUAAUUGUGCUAACUUUUUUCAUGGAUUCAUUAUAAAUUGAACUUUUUUUAAAUUUAUUUGUUGUUUACAAAGUUAUCCUUGUCAAUGAAUGGUGUUUACUGUGCUGUAUGUUAUUUACAAAAAUGUAUGUAUUCUAGUAAUUUUAGUUUU